AUGCAACAACUGUUGAAAUUGUUGGAUGAUAACAAUUACGUGUCCCAGUAUAGAGCUUGCAACGAUGAAGUUACUGUUCAAGAUAUUUUUCGGACUCAUCUAGAUUUAAUAAAGUUGUUCAACACGUUUUCGACAAUGCUCAUUCUUGAUUCUACCUACAAGACCAACAAGUAUAGACUUCCUUUAUUUGAGAUGGUUGAUGUUACGUCUACCGAGAAGACAUAUGUCGUUGGUUUUGCUUUUCUCGAGUGUGAAAAAGAGGACAAUUUUACACGGACAUUAGAGGCGUGUUGGUCACUUUUGAAGGACCAAGUUGAGAUGCCUAAAGUGAUUAUUAUCGACCGUGAUACCGUGUUAAUGAAUGCGGUUUCAAAGGUAUUUCAUUUUUCUAAUGCAUUACUUUGUCGAUAUCACAUAACAAAGAAUGUGAGAAGUUGGGUUAAACUCGCGGUGGGGACGAAACAAGUAGAGUCCAAAGGUGGAAAAUUGGUGAAGACCGAUGUGAUUGUUGAAAAAAUAAUAGAUGCAUGA